UUUUCUGUUGUUUUUAGAUUCAAGUGACGAAAACUUAUGAAAUGAUAUUUUAAGUUUAAACUGAUCAAUUAAUUUAAUUAAUUGAUUUAUUGUAGCAACAAUGGUAAAUUGUUUAAAUAGAGAAAGAAAUUUACAACGAAAAAUGUAUGAAUGUAAUAUUUGAAAUCUAAAAUGAUAAAUUAUUGUGCGAAAAUAAUAAAACUCGCAAUGUCAGCACAUGGUCUCAUUAGAACGUGUUUAACGAGCGUAGCGUAAGCGUGAAAAUGAAAACGUUGAGGCUCUCGUGGUGUAAAAAGGCUAAAUUCCUCAUAAAAAUACAAGAAAUGAGAGGGAACGUUCGCCCUUGAACACAUAAAACCAAAAAAAAAAAAAAAAAAAAAAAAAAAAUAGAAAAGGAAAAAAACCACAAAUUUUAGUGAAGCUAUUUUACUGAAACUUAUAUCAUUUUAACAGCUAUAUAUAAAACGUUGAAUUAUUUCCUUUCGCGCAGAGCAAUUUUACUUCAAAUUUCUAGCUUCAGAAUGAUAAUUACGUAUUUGUAAUUAUCAACAAGCUUUAAAAAUAUGGAAUAUUCAGCCAGAUGAAAUAUAGGUAAAGUAUUUAGAAGAAAAAAGAUUGAAAUGUUUUAUGUAAAACGAUUAAAUUAAGUGGUUGAGUUUGAAAAUUUGACUCGGUUUAAUAAUUCAAUGGAAAAAAUAUUCGCCCUAUGAAAAAAAAUUCAUGUUCCUGUCGAUAUAUCGGCGAGGUGCUCCUCUACUUUCGACUGCUCUGCAAUUCAAAUGCAAUACUCGAAUAUACAUGGCGAAAGAAAUGGAAAUUGAGGAAUUUAAGGGAACCAAUUACUCUCGCGUCGACGUAACUUCAAAAUGUUUCACGUGUCGGUGUUUGCGAAAUGAAGUUCGUCGUUAUCCGAUUAACACGCUUGCAGAUGCGUUCUUUUUGUUGCAAAGUAAAUGGACAAAUUGUGAACAAAUAAUGUUUACAAUUACAUCAAAAUUAAUGUCCUAAACUUUACCAAGAAUUAUUAAAAAUCCCUGCGUAUUGCUUACGUAAUGUUGAUAUUGAGUAGUACCAUACAUAACCUCAACAUUAUGAUACUUACAAACAUCGCUAAACAAGUAGUGCGAACGAUGUCGACAUUUCGCUUGGCGUUGGUACAACUUGAAGUAAAUGAAGUAAAACGCAAAAAUGUAGAGCGGGCAGUUUCCUACAUUUCUAGCGCAAAAGAGCGCAAUGCUGAUAUUAUAGCUCUUCCUGAAUGCUUUAAUUCACCAUAUGGAAUACAGUACUUUCGAAAAUACGCCGAGAGUAUUCCUGAUGGUGAAACGAGCGUUGCUUUAUCGAAUGCAGCUAAAGAAAACAACAUCUAUGUAGUUGGUGGUACGAUGCCUGAAAUAGAGGGCGAUAAAUUGUACAAUACCUGUACUAUUUGGGGUCCCGAUGGAACUUUGAUAGCAAAACACCGAAAGGUACAUCUAUUCGACAUCGACAUUCCUAAUAAGAUUACUUUUCGAGAGAGUGAUUCACUCAGUCCUGGUAACUCCCUAACGACGUUCGAUGUGAAGGGCUGCAAAAUAGGUAUUGGCAUAUGCUAUGAUAUUAGAUUCGAGGAAAUGGCACGCAUUUAUCGGAACAAAGGUUGCCAAAUGCUGAUAUAUCCAGCGGCAUUCAAUAUGACCACUGGACCACUGCACUGGUCAUUACUUCAGCGUUCCAGAGCGAAUGAUAAUCAAUUAUACGUUGCUUGCAUAUCACCGGCUCGUGUUCCUUCAGCAAGUUACGUCGCAUGGGGGCAUACACAGUUGACCAAUCCCUGGGGAGAGAUUCUUUACGAUUUGGAAACUCAAGAGAAUAUGGCAGUCACCGAUAUCGAUCUAAAAGUUGUUGAGGAAGUAAGGGCUCAGAUACCUACAUUUUCUCAGAGACGUACAGAUUUGUACGACACUGUCUGUAAGAAGGAGUAACUCUACACUAAAACAGAAAAUGUUUUUUUAUAAUAUUUCUACUACAAUAUCCUUUUUUUGCGAAUUAUUACUAAUUUCUUAUCAUUUGUACUAAAUGAAUGACUCAAUUAAGAAAACCAAAACGUUAUAAAUAAUAAUCUGUAUAUCUUGUGUAUCAACAUGUAAUUGGAUAUUAUAAUAAUAUAGGAAUGCUAUAAUAAUAUAGGAUAAUAAUAUAGGAGAAUAGAAUAAUAAUAUAUAAUAAUAAUAUGCUUUUAAACACCUUUAA